CUUGUAAGAGCAAGAGAACAUUGUUUUCAUAUGAAAUAAACUGAGAAAACUGAUUUAAAAAUGUCUACGUACCAAGAAUUUAUCCAGCAGAAUGAGGAUAGAGAUGGAGUACGAUUCAGUUGGAAUGUCUGGCCUUCAAGCAGGCUUGAAGCCACUAGAAUGGUGGUUCCAGUAGGAUGUAUGUACACACCAUUGAAGGAAAGGCCAGAUUUACCUCCAAUAUGUUAUGAUCCAGUUGUCUGUAGUCGUAACAGUUGCAAAGCAAUUCUGAAUCCUUUCUGCCAAGUGGACUACAGAGCUAAACUCUGGCAUUGCAAUUUUUGUUUUCAAAGAAAUGCGUUUCCUCCACAAUAUGCUGGUAUCAGUGAGCAACAUCAACCUGCUGAACUGAUUCCCCAGUUUUCCACCAUUGAGUACACUGUUCAGCGUGGCAAUCCAGGACCAUUGAUAUUCUUACUUGUUGUUGAUACUUGUAUGGAUGAAGAGGAUCUGCAGGCGGUGAAGGAAUCUCUGCAGAUGUCUUUGAGUUUAAUGCCACCAAAUGCCCUGGUGGGGUUGAUCACUUUUGGAAAGAUGGUUCAAGUUCAUGAGUUGGGUUGCGAAGGUUGUUCGAAGAGUUAUGUAUUCCGAGGAAGCAAGGACUUAAACUCGAAGCAAAUACAGCAAAUGCUUGGUUUAGGUGGUGGUGCCCGCCAACCGAAUGCCCAGCCUGGUGCUCGAGGCCAGAUGCCGUCACAAGGCAGUGAUAUUUUCAACAGGUUUUUGCAACCGGUACAUAAAUGCGACAUGAGUCUGACAGAUCUGCUGGGUGAACUACAGCGAGAUCCCUGGCCUGUGGGCACUGGUAAACGACCAUUGCGAUCAACUGGCGUGGCCAUGUCUAUCGCAGUUGGACUGCUUGAGUGCACCUAUCCAAACACUGGUGCACGAAUCAUGACCUUCAUUGGUGGUUCUUGUACUCAGGGUCCAGGCAUGGUCGUUGAUAACGAAUUGAAGAAUCCAAUCAGAUCACAUCAUGAUUUGGAGAAAGACAACGCACCAUUUGUGAGAAAGGCGUGCAAGCACUUUGAAACCCUCGCCAAUAGAGCUGCAGAGAAUGGUCACGUGAUUGAUAUAUUUUCGUGUGCCUUGGACCAAACGGGUCUUUACGAGAUGAAAUAUUGUCCUAAUCUUACAGGCGGUCACAUGGUGAUGGGAGAUUCGUUCAAUACAGCUCUAUUUAAACAAACUUUCCAACGCAUGUUUUCGAAAGACGUUCGUGGCGAAUACAAAAUGGCGUUUGGAGGAACGCUUGAAGUCAAGACCUCUAAAGAACUCAAUGUCUCAGGUUGCAUCGGGCCGUGUAUAUCUAUCGACAGAAAAGGACCGAAUGUUUCUGAAACGGAAAUUGGAGUGGGUGGUACUUCGGCUUGGAAACUUUGUGGAUUUGAUUCAGCCACGACAUUGGCCGUUUUCCUGGAAAUAGUAAAUCAACACACAGCACCGAUACCACAAGGUUCACGAGGUUGCGUCCAAUUUAUAACACAGUACCAACAUUCUAGUGGUCAGCGGAGGAUACGCGUUACAACAUGCGCACGAAAUUGGGUAGAUGCCGGAGGUUUAGCGCACGUGUCUCUGGGUUUUGACCAAGAAACAUCGUCUGUAAUGAUGAGUCGUAUCGCUGUAUUCAGAGCAGAGACAGACGAGGGGCCAGAUGUGCUCAGGUGGCUUGACAGAAUGUUAAUCAGACUUUGUCAGAAGUUUGGAGAGUUUAAUAAAGAAGACCCGAGUUCAUUCCGUUUAGCAGAAAAUUUUUCACUUUAUCCACAGUUCAUGUUCCACUUGAGGCGGUCACAAUUUCUACAAUACUUCAAUAACAGUCCGGAUGAAACAUCAUAUUACAGACACGUUCUCAACCGUGAAGAUGUUACGAAUUCCCUAAUCAUGAUCCAACCCAUUCUAUAUUCCUAUACCUUCCAUGGACCACCUGAGCCUGUGUUAUUGGACAGCAGCAGUAUACAAGGAGAUCGUAUUUUAUUACUUGAUACAUUCUUCCAAUUGUUAAUUUACCAUGGAGAGACAAUUGACCAGUGGAAAAAGCAAGGUUACCACAACGAUCCACAACAUGAAAACUUCCGACAGCUGCUGCAAGCGCCGAAAGACGACGCACAGGAAAUUCUACAAACACGUUUUCCAAUGCCUCGUUAUAUUGAUACACAACAUGGCGGAAGUCAGGCACGUUUCUUGUUAUCAAAAGUGAACCCGUCUCAAACACACAACAACAUGUACGCAUGGGGUCAGGAUGCCGGUGCACGACUUGAUGACGUCAGCUUGCAAGUCUUUAUGGAUCAUCUCAAGAAACUCGCUGUCUCGAACACGUCUUGAUAAGCAAGCGAAUUCAAGCAAUCAAAUCACGAAUUUUAUUUUGUUCACUGUUUUUUUUCUUUAUGUUUACACUACAGAGAUCAAUGAUUAAAUUAAAAGUUUAUUAUAUGAUUAAGUGA